AAGGGAGAUAGAGCCUAGAUGACAUCUGACCCACACAUAAACACUCAGACCCAGAAACCUUCUCUUCUCUAUCCUUCCUCUCCAAAAUAAACUAGGAAAAAAGAUCAAUUCAUUCCCAGCUAUUUUUGCCAUCUGCACAUUACUUGAGAUUCCUUUCUACAGAUUUUCUUCUCUGGCUUCAUUGUCUUGUAGAAACUGAAGCUGUUGUUGCUGCAACAGUUGGUAUUGUUUGCAUAUUGUAAAUGGAGUGUUGGGUCUCCUCCUUUUGUUUUUGGUUCUAUGAUGGGUUUUAAUACAUAGCAUUCUCUGGUUUGCUAGUGGAGACUAAUGAGGUGACCUAAAUAUACAUUCAGUUGAUUUUGUUUUCUGGCAAAUAGUCUUUGCAUUAGAAAUUUUGAUUGCAAAAGAUACGAUUUUGGUUAAGUGAAUGCUAUUUGAACUGUAAAUAGAUGGCAAAACAACUGGUUCUGAUAACGAUUCACGGGGCCCUUGUUUGUAUGCAGAGGGAAAUUGCUUGAGUUUUUUCCAAUUCUACUUUUGGUAGUGCGAUAUCAUCAGUAUUUGGCAAUAUGGCAAGUGCCAUUGUCUGCUGGUGAAAGCUUAAUUUAUGUGGAGUCUGCAUAUUAUUGAAGGAGAAGAAAAGGUAAAAGGUGAAAGAAGAAGCAAGAGAGUUUCGAUUUUUUUGACUCUUGGAUUGGAUUUUAGUUUCUCAGGGUGAAGUUCUCUGGAGAAUUUGAACUCUCAGAUUCUUAAUUGGGUCACCGGAGAUUCAUUGAGAUAUUCCAUAGCUCACACUCUGAAAAAACUGGUUCCGGUGCUGUCAAGUAGCCCUGCAAUCUGAUUUCAUUGGGGGAAGAGGCUAACAUGUUGUAAUUCAAUCGUGUGGUGAAGUUAUAGGAAGUGACAGUAUUGAGAUCUGUUAGGUGAGGGGAAGAUGGCUGCAAAGCUUCUACAGUCUUUAGCAGAUGACAAUCCAGAUUUGCAGAAGCAAAUAGGAUGCAUGACUGGGAUUUUUCAACUGUUUGAUCGUCACCACGUGGUUGCUGCCAGGCGCCUCAGCCACAAGAGGCUUACAGCAGGUACUUCCCAUUUACAGAAUGGCAUCCUGGAAUCAGAUUCCAAUGAUUUAUACUGUCCAGGAACAACUGAAAUGAAUACAAACAACAGUGUGAAGGAGAGACAAAGAAUUUCCAUAGAAUCAUCAAGAGCCUCUUCUUCAUCCUCUUGUUCGUCUUCCUUAUCAUCGUUGGAAUGCAACAAGACAGUACAAGAAGAGUCCUCUUCCUUCGAUAGAAUCAUUUUUCCUGAAACUCCCUCAAGGGAUCCAGUGAUGAACCAGUCAAGUACCUCUCCACGUCUGGGGAGACAAAGCCUUGAUCUUAGGGAUGUGGUCAAGGAUUCUAUGUAUAGAGAAGCCAGGGGAUUAUCAGUUAAGACUGCAGGCAAAGAUGAAGUGGUAAGAAGAAACAUGAAGCAUAAAGAUUCCCCAAGGCCAUUACAGCUUUCUAAAUCAGUAAGCGAAUCUUAUGGUGUUGGGAUCAGUGAGAAACAUGUGCCUGCUGAUCUUAAAGAGUCUCUCAGAGUUCUUGCAAAACUUCAGGAAGCACCUUGGUAUUAUAACAAUGAAGGUAGAGAGCUUCCAAGAACAUCAUAUGAAGCAAAUGGCUCAUGGAAUUCAAUUUCAAGGGAUAGUCCAAGAUUAUCUUAUGAUGGAAGAGAGAUAAACCGUUUUUCUUUUGAAUCAAGAGACAGCUUGAAAUCCAUGCCUAAGCUGAAAGAACUACCUAGACUUUCACUGGAUAGUCGAGAAGGGUCAAUGCGGGGUUCAAAUCACCUUUCUAUACAGAGUGGUGGCAAUUUGAUGGGAGCUCAAAAGCGUCCUUCUAAUGUUGUAGCAAAGUUGAUGGGCUUGGAAACAUUGCCAGAUUCUACUGAACCCAGUGAUAAUCUGUCAGGUUUGAUCAAAAGUGGUUUGGUUGAAGGUAAUGAUCCUUUCUCAAGAUCACUAAGAGCAAGUGAUGCAAACAGGCUUAUCCGCACUCCUAUCUCCCCAAGAACCUCAAUGAAAGACCCAACAUCACCACGGUGGAAAAAUCCUGAUUUGGUCAUGAAACCUAUUUCAAGUUCAAGGUUCCCAAUCGAGCCAGCACCAUGGAAGCAGCUGGAUGCAAGUCGAGUUUCUCAGAGACAGGCUAACAAGGCUGCAGAAGUUCCAGCAAAGCCACCAAAUUCGUUUCCUUCUGUCUAUAGUGAGAUUGAGAAGAGGUUGAAAGAUCUAGAGUUUAAACAAUCUGGAAAGGAUCUCAGAGCUCUUAAACAGAUAAUAGAGGCAAUGCAAGCAAAGGGACUCCUGCAGACCCAAAAAAAUGAACAAGCCUCAAACUUAGCCACUCCAACUGAUUAUGAAGCAAAAUGUAGAAGCCCCAAUCAGAAUAUGAGAGGUGACAGAAGCCCUCAGAAGAAUAAUGUCACUACCUCAAUCAGGAGUUCAAAUUCUGUCAUGACCUUUGAUUCCCCAAUUGUGAUCAUGAAACCAGCAAAACUUGUUGAAAAAGCCGGAAUUCCUGCAUCUUCAGUGAUUCCAAUAGAUGGUCUUUCCAAUCUCCACAAGAUUCAAAGUGGAGGAUUACCAGAAAAUAGAAAAGGUUCAAAAAAUGGUCAGACAGCAAAAGACCAUGCUCCCAAAAACAGUUGCAGUAACUCUGUUUCCAGCUCUACUGCUAAGCGAACAGCUAGCAAGAAUAUCAGAGCCACUCAGUCUUCAACAAAACCUCCAAAAGAAAAUCCGACAACUUCUAUAAAGAACUCAGGAUCUGUGAGCCCAAGACUUCAGCAGAAAAAGGUUGAAUUGGACAGGCUAUCCCGUCCUCCUACCCCUCCUGAUUCAAGCAAACCCGGAAGGCAAUCUAAUAAGUAUCCAUUAGAGUCAAGUUCACCUGGUGAUAAGCGUAGAGCAAAAUCUCACAACAUUCAGCUAAGUGAUGACCAGUUGAGUCAGAUAAGCAAUGAGUCAAGAACUUCAAGUUACCAAGGGGAUGACAUUUCUGUGCAGUCAGACAGCAAUAUUACCUUGGAAUCAAAGAUAGAUGUGGAAGUCACCAGUAUUAACAAGUCCAUUGAAGUGUAUGAGAGCCAUAACCCGUCCAUGAAGGCUUCUAAGUACUCAGUUUCUGGCUUAAUGCAGAAAGAAUCAACUCCAAGACUGGGUGAAUAUCCAUCUCAGGCAGAACUUGCUAUGGUUGAUCCAGAACAUCCUAGUCCUGUCUCUGUUCUUGAUGCCUCGGUAUACAAAGAUGAUGCACUAUCUCCAGUAAAGCAGAUACUAAACAGUCCUGAAGCAGGUGAUGGUGCUCAAGAUCACAAUUACAGUCCUGAAGAGCAAUGGUGUUCAGCAGAUGGCUUCUUAUCUAGAAAUGUGAGCUCUGGUCCUGCCUCAGAAAUCAAUCGCCAGAAACUACAAAAUAUCGAGCAUUUGGUUCAGAAGCUUACACGACUGAACUCCAAUCAUGAUGAAGCCAGUACAGAUUACAUUGCAUUGCUUUGUGAGAACAAAAAUCCAGACCACAGAUACAUUUCUGAGAUAUUGCUAGCCUCUGGCCUUCUGCUCAGAGACCUCAGUUCUGGCUUGUCAAAGUUUCAGCUUCACCCAUCAGGGCACCCUAUCAACCCAGAGCUUUUCUUUGUUUUGGAGCAGACCAAGGCAAGCUCUUUACUCUUGAAGGAAGAGAGUAAUGCAGAAAAGGUCAACCAUUCAAAGCUAGGGAAUGAGAAAUUCCAUCGGAAGCUCAUAUUUGAUGUUGUGAAUGAGAUUCUUGUCAGAAAGUUAGCUUUAGUUGGAGCCUCUCCAGAGCCAUGGGUAAAGUCCACAACAUUGGCCAAGAAGACUUCAAGCGCGCAAAAGCUUCUAAAAGAAUUGUGUACAGAGGUAGAGCAGCUUCAAGCCAAGAAAUUAGAGUCCAUCUUAGAGGUUGAGGAACAUGAUCUGAAAACAGUUCUGUGGGAAGAUGUGAUGCUUCGAUCAGAGAGUUGGACUGAAUUUCACGGUGAGAUUUCCGGGAUAGUUCUAGAUAUUGAACGAAUGGUAUUUAAAGAUUUAGUUAGUGAAACUGUGAUUGGAGAAGCAGCCAAUCUACUCGCCAAGAAGAGUAGGCGGAGGCAACUGUUUGCAAAGUAACUACUUACAAACUGUCUUCUCUUCAUUCAUUCCAUCUUUGUUCUUCUAUCCUUUCAUUAUUAUUUUUAUCUUAUGCAUGAAAGCAUAAUAACUGAUGGAUAAAGGAGCUAUCCUCUCAGGUUAUGACAUACAUAUUUGUAAGAACCAAAAUUUCCAGGUUUUGAUUUGACUAUGUACAAGAGAUAAUGUUCCUCUUUUAUUCUGAUUGCCGGUGAUCAACUUACAGAGUGAAUGCCCUCUGUUUUAUCUUGUAAUUCAAAUUCUAUAACUUUGAAUAUGAAAGUAUGAUUACAAUGUUGGUUCUUCAUAUUACAUUUUUGUAUUAUUAUUCUUCAGUUCUAUCCAAAAUGUCAUUAAAAUCUCAAAUCGUCG